GCUCCCUGUAGCCCACGGGAAAUCCUUCGAACAUGUUUAGCCGGUUGAAAAGGUUGUUGGGAGCUCGUGACCCUUCACCUGCCCAUUCAGCCACUCCUUCAACCACACCAGCUCCUCCAGCCAAGGAGGAGACAUUACCAGAAAAAAAAGACGACAUAGAAGAAGAGCCAAAGACAACAAGUGAAAAGAAAGAGGCGGAGAAAAAUGUUGAGGAAAAAGAAGAGGAAAUUAAGGAAUCGAAAAAGGACGAUGGGCCCAAGAAGGAAGAACCGGCGACCGAUCCUGCUCCAGCUGUUCAGGCUCCAGCUGCUGCUCCAGCUCCUGCCACCCCAGUAAAGCCAGACGGGGCUGAGGGCGCGGAGCCCCCUUCCUCUCCUCCUGUUGUCUAUUCCCGAUAUGCAGAUGAGGUCCUAAGAAGUGUUGUAAAGAGCCUAAGAGAACGAACUGAACUGCUCAAAGAAAAGGUUAUAGACCCUUACGCCACAUCUCCAGAUAUCACCCCACCUGUUACGCCUGUUCUGAGAAAAGAGGACUAUGUCAGACAGAAAGAAGAGGAGCGGAUAGCGAAAGAAGAAGAAGACAGAAAGAAGGCAGAGGAAGCAGCCAAGAAGGCAGAGGAGAAAAAGAAAAAAGAUGAGGAGAAAAGACUAGAGGCUGAGAAGAAAGCAGAGGAGGAGAGGCUAGCGGAGGAGGUCAGGAGGAAGGCAAAGAUGCUGCCAGACAUCAGCUGCUCAUGCUUUGACGUCCUCUUCCAUCCAGUGGAGAAGAUGAUGGAUACAGUGUUGGGAAGCACAAUUGAUCCCUUCACAGAUCGUCGGUACAUCGGCUGGUUGACAGUCGUAGCCGUUGCUUAUAACUACAACGUCUGGCUCAGCCCGGUCCGGCUGGCCUUCCCUUACCACAGCCAAACUACCAUUCCUUUCUGGAUAUUUUUUGACAUCCUCUCUGACAUUGUCAAUGUCAUUGACAUCGUGGUUUGGCAGCCCCGACUGCAGUUUGUCAAAGCUGGAGACAUUAUUAAAGACAGAGCUUUGACUAAAGUACAUUAUCGGAAAUCUUAUCGAUUUAAGACGGACAUUUUUAGCAUCAUCCCCUUUGACCUUCUCUCUCUACACUUCGGAUUCUCCUCCAUAUAUAGAUUCAACCGCUUCAUCAGGAUAGAGUCUUUCUUUGAGUUCAGUGAUCGCCUUGAAAGCAUAAUGGCCAAAGCUUACAUCUGGAGAGUGGCCCGUACCACAGGUUACCUGCUUUACAUGCUCCAUCUCAAUGCCUGUGCUUUCUACGUAGCCUCAGUGCACCAGGGUCUGGCAUCGACCACAUGGGUGUAUGAUGGAAAAGGCACAGCGUAUCUACGUUGCUAUUACUUUGCAGUACGCAGCCUUAUCAACAUAGGGGGCCUCCCAGAACCUGUGACUCUGUUUGAGAUCACCUUUCAGAUGACCAACUUUUUCAUUGGUGUCUUUGUGUUCUCCAGCCUCAUUGGACAGAUGAGAGAUGUCAUAGGAGCGGCCACGGCAGCUCAGACAUACUUUCGGGCGUCUAUGGACGGCUGCGUCGCCUACAUGAACACUUACACCAUUCCAAAGUUGGUUCAGAACAGAGUCCGAACCUGGUACAACUACACCUGGGCGUCUCAGGGAAUGCUAGAUGAGUCGGAGCUUCUGGACAAGAUGCCUCUUGUAAUGCGAAUCGCCAUUGCGGUGGAUAUAAACCUGGCAACCUUCCAGAAGAUCCAGCUCUUUCAGGGCUGUGACCAGCAGAUGCUGGUGGACAUGUUGCUGAGGCUGAAGUCCAUCAUAUACCUACCAGGAGACUUUGUGGUGAAGAAGGGGGACAUCGGUAAGGAGAUGUACAUCAUCAAAAGUGGAGCAGUGCAGGUGGUGGGAGGACCCGACAACAGCAUUGUGUUUGUGACGCUGAAGGCAGGCUGCGUGUUCGGAGAGAUCAGCUUACUACAAUCUGCUAAAGAUGGAGGGAACAGACGGACAGCUAACGUAAAAGCGUAUGGCUUUGCAAACCUGUUUGUUCUGGAAAAGAAGGACCUGUUUGAUAUCCUUGUCCACUACCCCGAGUCUCAGAAAGUUCUGGCAAAGAAGGGAAGGCAACUGAUGAAAACCAAAGCUGCAGCAGGGGCUCCAACCAAAGAGGACAAGCAGAAAGGGUUAGCCCUGUUUGGACAAAAACCUCCAACACCAAAGCUCCUCAAAGCAUUUGCCAACCUGCGAAAGCUCAAGAAAGCUGCAGAGGAGGAGAAUAAAGAACAGAAUAAUUAAGAUACAUCACCAUUUACUGUACAGUUAUUUUGUAAACAUAUCACAUUUCUUUUGAUCAUAGAGUUCUUCGUGAGAUUUUGCAUUAUUUCCCUUUGACAUUGUAAGGAGAGCUUCUGCCCACUGAAGACGUCAUGCCUCAGCACUCCGUUUUCAUGGAUUUGAUCAUGCUAAAAUACCCCAUUUUAAAUAAUUGCAUUAAAUUUUAAUGAAUAAUAGAAGAAAGACAAUAAACAGGACAGAAAAAAUUUAAUUAGAUUUAAUCUAACUUAGAGAAGAACAAAUUUUACAGUACUGGGCUUAAAUUGUCUUGUACAAGCACUGAGAGCAAAAAAAGAAGAUGAGCCAAGAAAAACAUUAGUUGAUCCUUCUGGGCAUGUCUUCUAUGUUGUCUGGCAGGUGAAUGGUCAUUGGUUAGGCGUCUGUUUUUUGUUUUUCUGACAAACCUGCCUUG